UAUGGUGCGAACAUUCAGUCGUGUUUCAGAAGUCGCUGGGAGUACACGCCUGCCGUUGAAAAACUCUUGCCGAAACAACGAUACGAAAAACUUUUCUUUCUAAAUUUAAAAUUCGAUCAUAAAUAACUUUCGAUUAUCGCUAUAAGAAUAACUGUGUUUAAAGAACUGGCUGCUUGAAAUUUUUCAUUUUUAUUUCUUUUUGUAACUGAAUUCGAAUUUUGAAAUUUUGUUGACAUUACUUUUUGUUAUGACACUGGUGCAGUGGUCGGUGGUUUUUCGAUGAAUAAAAAAGUGAUUGUCAGUCAAAAUAGGUGGGUUGGAGACUGUUGAUCAUAAUGACUCGUGGUCUAAAGACCAACCUUCGUGUUCUGGGGUCAACGUAAAUUGGACGUUAUGCUACAUUCACAUAAAGCGGAUAGUAACCAUCCUCAUGCCUUUUUAUGAUGAUAUGAUGCUGGAUCCCAGCGUGAAUUUAACACUGAAUGUUUCUGCAAAAUGGAUCAUAGAAGCGUCUAAAGGCAUCCAACAACCUAAUGUUCUUCUUGAAAAAUUCUCCCAGAACAGGAAAGUCGAUGACCCGACUAGAGCACUCUUGCUUACGUUUUAUGGUAUCCUGGUAGUUAUCGGUGCUGUGGGAAAUGCUCUUGUUGUUAUAUCGGUAGUAAGGAAGCCAGUGAUGAGAACAGCAAGGAACAUGUUUAUAGUCAACCUCGCUGUCUCUGAUGCAUUGGUUUGCUGUGUUGGUACCCCUCUCACGCUUAUGGAACUUUUGACCAAACAUUGGCCUUUGCCAGACUGGCCAAGCUUGUGUAAAGCUUGCGGAGCUAUUCAAGCCAUAUCAAUAUUCGUCUCAACGAUAUCCAUCACUGCCAUUGCCUUGGAUAGAUAUCAGCUUAUCGUCUAUCCAACGCGACCAGGACUCCAAACCAUGGGUGCAUUAAUUACAAUGUUCUUCAUUUGGUUAACAGCCUUUACACUUGCAUCACCCCUCUUCAUAUUUAGAAGCCUAAAGACUCACAAACUAGGCUUCAUAGGAAUGGAUUCCAUAAGUUUUUGCAUAGAAGACUGGCCGAUAGACAACGGAAGAGCUAUCUACUCUGUAUUCAGUUUGAUCUUUCAAUACUUACUCCCCGUAUUAGUGGUAGUAAUUGCGCACGUGCAGAUUCAUCGGAGGUUGCGUGGGAGAAGACGGACGACUAGAAAAACUCCGGCAAUCUUGAUAGCAAUAGCGGUCACAUACGUUAUUAGUUGGUUGCCGUUGAAUGUGUUUAAUUUAGUAGCAGAUUUCAGCCCGGAACCCAUUUUGGACGAGAAACCAAUGACAAUAACGUACGCAAUAUGCCAUAUGUUCGGUAUGUCGAGUGCAGUGUCCAACCCUCUACUAUAUGGAUGGUUGAAUGAUAACUUUAGAAAGGAAUUCGAAGAGAUCCUAUGCUGCUGUCGUAAGAAGGGACAACUGAAGAAUAAUAUGAGGAUUAAGAGCAGAAAGAUGGAGACAGAGUUGACGGCGCUGCAGUUAGAACACACAGUGACCGCAAACACGAAAACAUCCCAAUGCUCCCAGAUUUUCUGACUAAAGACUUGCUUUAAAUAGCAGGAAAGUAGCAGUGUUGAAAUGCAAAACAUAUGAACUUACAGUGUCAAUUGGAAAUGACUAAAGUUUUGUUAAUACGGUGUAAAAAGUUCCUUUGUUAAUUUUUCAUGUUAAUAAUGUAAUAUAUGCGUAAGUUUGAAUAAUUUCUAUAGAUGUAAGAUUAUAUUAUAAUAUAUAAUUAUGCAUAAUUGUAGGUCUUAAUAUUGUACUAUACGUUUUUGAGCCCAGAACGUAUGGUACCAAUAUUUUAUAGAAAAAAAAACGACUUUGUUUUUUUAUAAAUAAAUCGUUAACUAAAUCGA